AUGACACAGCAGGCCUUUCAACAUCUUCCAUCUGUGCCAAUCGUGAAGUUAGAUGAUCCGUUAUUCACCGGCACGUUCAUUGGCGAUGCAGCGCAAUUCUUAGGCAUUCCCUUCGCUAAACCCCCUAUCGGGAGCCUUCGCUUCCAGGUACCUCAACCGGUGCCUUCUUAUGAGGGUUUACACACUGCAGUAGCCUAUGGUCCCGUCUGCCCCCAACAGAAGUUACCAAUACGAAGAGGGAUAGGCCAAGUCAUCACUGAAUCGAGCGAAGAUUGUCUUACGCUCAAUGUAUUCACGCCUGCCGUCAUACUCCCUGGAUCAAAACUGCCGGUAGUCGUGUAUAUAUUCGGUGGUGGUUUUGAAACCGGGAGUAGUCAAUCAGAGUUCGGUAAUAUCACAGUCCACAAGUCAUUGAAAAUGCACGAACCAGUUAUCUACGUUAGCAUGAACUAUCCCAUAGCUUGGGGAUUCCUAGCGAGCAAAGAAGUUAAGCAGGCUGGGACCGGAAACUUAGGCCUCCGAGAUCAGCGACUUGCACUUCACUGGGUCCAAAAAUACAUUAGCUCCUUUGGUGGAGAUCCAGCAAAGGUGACUAUAUGGGGCGAAAGUGCCGGAGCGAUAUCUGUUGCUCUCCAGAUGCUCGCUUAUGAUGGUCACAAUGACGGUCUCUUUCGCGCGGCAUUUAUGCAGUCAGGGUCCCCGACACCUAUGGGUGACAUCACCAAUGGUCAACGAUAUUAUGACUUUCUUGUUGAUGUAACAGGUUGCAAGGAGGCAAUCGAUACAAUGGAAUGCUUGCGAGCAGUACCUCAGGAAAUUCUGCAAGCCGCUGUGGAUAAAACACCGUCUAUGUUUUCUUACCAGUCACUUGAUUUGGUUUGGAUGCCAAGGGCAGAUGGAAUAUUUUUGACGGGCAACUUCCAGCGCCUCGUCCAACAGGGGAAAAUUGCAAAUGUACCUUUUAUCACAGGUGACUGCGAUGACGAGGGGACAGCUUUCGCAUUCAGUACCACUAACAUCACGACAAGUGAGGAAUUUCAUGAAUAUUUGAAAGCGUAUUGGGCACGCAAUGCAACAGACGAGGAGAUCGACAAAAUCCUGCUCAUGUAUCCUCAAGAUCCAACAGCAGGAUCUCCAUUUGGAACCGGGACUCAUGACCAGCUGACCCCGCAGUUCAAGCGCAUAGCUGCUUUUCAAGGAGAUGCUGUCUUCCAAGCUCCGAGGCGGUUCCUUAUAUAUGAGCGGUCGGGGAAACAAAAGAUAUGGACCUAUCUCAGCAAGGGUCUCAAGGUAGUUCCGUUUCUAGGUGCGUAUCACAGCUCCGACUUCAUUUACGAGAAGUGGGGUAUGCAAGGGAGCUUGUUGCAUCUCUUGAUCCAUUUUGCAGCACACCUCGAUCCUAAUUGGAUUCCUAAUAGUGUUUUCUGGCCAGAAUACACUGUUGAAUCGAAGGAUAUGCUGAUGUUGGGUGAGUGGCCCUGGUCUGCACCCACUAUUAUUCAGGACACGUACAGAAAGGAGUCGAUGGAGUACUUGAUAAAUUUUACUCUGACUUACCCUCUGUAG